AUGCGCGGAGAUCCCGAUGAACAAUUCAUCGUCCUCGGCUCUGCGACUGCGCAGGGCGUCUUCCUGCCUUGGGACGGCCGGCAGACGCAGGCCUCGAACGGCGAGCGCGCGUCUUCUCUUGCUGUCAAGUCUGCGUCUGUUGGCCGCGAGGCGACGGUUCUGGCGCGGAUCUGGAGCCGCGUGGAGAGGCGCAGCCCCUCGAGGCGAGACCCGGCAGACGGUGCGGCGGAUACCGCGCAGGAGGCAACCGGUGAAGAGUGGAAACCCGAAGCGGGCGAACACCGGCUGAUUCUUCUCCGAGGAAAGCUAAAAGGCGCCUCGCUCGUCUCCGUGGUGCCCAGUCGCGAACUCCAUCUCAAGGACUUUUGGCAGGAUCUGCGCUGUGCGCGUUUCCUGUCCUUCAUGGGGCCUGAGACCGCUGUGCUCUCCAGCGCGCGCCUAAAGCUCCAGGUUCAGUGCGCGUCUCGUGAGGCGAAGGAGAAGCUCCUUUCCUUCACCCGCUCGCCGCCAGUCUUCGCCGAGCCUCCCUCUUCCUCUGCGUCUCUCUCUGCGUCUUCCUCUGCGUCUUCUGUGCCUUCUUCCUCUGUCUCUGCGCGCGCCGUUUCCGUCUGGGCGCCUGCGCCCGCGAGCUGCGAGAAGGCGGGUUUCGCGCGAGGAGGGGCGGAGGGAGGAGGAGGCAAAUGCAGAGAGGUCCGUGGACUCGAAGACUCGCGGCCGAAGGAUACAGAAGGCAGGAUGAGACUGCGCCGCCUCUCGCCGAAUGGACGCUUCAUCGACGAAGGAGCUUCAGGCGAGUGCUUUUCCAGCUAUGCGUGCCGAGUGAACUCGAGCGUCCUCCCUCUGUUUAAUGAUCACUUGUUUUUGGCUUUAUUCUUCAAAAUGAAAAUCCACAAGCGAUGCCUAGCAACCGCGGUGAAGCGCUGCGCGGUCGCCGCCCGUCGCGCGCUCCGCGUCUCCGUCAGCGGCUCUUCCUCUCCUUCCGCCCUGGCUGCGGGCGCGCCGUCGCCGUCUUUUUCCUCCUCGUCUGCAUGCGCCUCCUCCGCGGUCUCUCCCUCGCGCGCGAGCUCGCCCGGCGCCGCCUCUCCGUUGGAAUGCGCGGGCGUCGCAAUGAAGGAGAUUCCGCAGCGAUCGGGCUGGCCUCAGGAGCCCGAUGGAGGCGUCGUCACGAUUGACAGCGAGGAAGACGAGGCGGCGGAGGCGGCGCGGGUCGCUCCUUUAAAGCCGACCUUCGAGAGCGGCAGCGACGACGUGGCGAGCGCGCGCCGAUCGCCCGCGGAUGCGGCGUCCUCUUCGCAGGCGUGUGCCUCAUCUUCUCAUGUGGCGCUUGCCUCCACGGGGCCAUCCAGCGCAGCGUCGCCUUGUGUGUUGUCUUCUGCGCCAUCUUCUGCGUCUCGCGCUGCCCUCGCGCCGCCGCGCCGGCUGUCGUCUCUUCCCUUCUUUUCGCGUCCCGACUUGGGCGCGCGGCGCCCGCGCGAGAGCUUCCGCGGCGGUUUGAAGAACCUGGGCAACACUUGCUACAUGAAUGCCGUCCUCAGGCUCCUCUUUGCUGCUCAAGACUACUCGCUGUCGCUCUUCUUCUUCACCCAGCUCUUCGGCCGUCCGCGGACGGAGGCACUUCCAGGGUUUUCACUCGCGGGCGUCUCCCCCGAGGCGGGACGGGCGCUCGUUACGCAGUUCUUCCCUCGGGGGCCGCCGCUGCUGCCCGGCUGCAAGCUCUUCAACGCGUACCUGGCGCUCGCCUUUCGCCUGAUGUUCCUCCGCGACGCGCAGGACUCGCUCAGCCCGGGGUACCUGAAGGCCUGCAUCGAUGCCGCUCUGCCGCUCUUCACGGGCAAUCAGCAGCAGGAUGCGCACGAGUUUCUGUGCAUGCUGCUGGAGGCCCUCGAGGCAGAGGCCGCGUCGCACCUCGCGGCAAAGCGGCAGAGUCUCGCACGGCUUCGGCUGCAAGGCGCUGCGACUCGGAGCGGCGCGUCUUCAUCCGCGCCGACCAACGAAGCAGCCAGUCUCCAGGCAGCGUCGCUCUCGUCGUUUCGAGUCUGUGCGCGCGAAGGCGACGACGCGCGGCAAGCGGAGGGAGAAUCUGCGAGAGAGGACUAUGCAGGCAACGAGGGGGGCGGUGGAGGAGAGGAAUCCGAACAGCAGAUGGACUGGGCGCCCAGAGACCCCUGUCUUCUUGGGCGGAGAAGAAUCGGAGGGCAAGUCUCUGCCGAGAAAGAGAGCCCCGAGAACGCAAGCAUUGAGGCGCGUCCAUCGCUGCGAGGAGUCAGCGAAGCCGCGCGCGCGAGCGAAGAAAACGACGCAUUUACGUGCGCCUCUCCCGCAGAGAGGAGGAGCGAGUGCGAAGGCGGGCUGCCUCCUCAAGCAGAACGCGAGGCAGCGAAGACACACGACUCGCAGACACGCGCAGAAGGCAGGGCCGCUCGAGAGGCUGAAGAGGGGGAGGGAGACUCGAAGGCCGACAGCGCAGGGAGAGAGGAAAAAGCGGAAAAAGCGGAGGAAGGAGACGUCGGGCCUUCCACCUACUUGAUGGCUGAAAACCUCCCGCGUACCCCGAUCUCGGAGUACCUGGAAAUGACGCUGAAGCAGGUUCUGCAGUGCACGUCCUGCCUCCACAGGCGCACGUGCUUCGAGAUACAGCGGUGUCUGUCGCUGGGCAUCACGCUCCCUCCGCCCCGCCAGGCGACGCAGAGCGGAGCCUCUGCGGCUCGUCGUCCUGCAGGGGCUCCUCGCUCGGCUGCGGCGUCUUGGCUGAUGCUCCCGGUCCCGUCGCUGGGGGACUUGCUUCGCGCCUUCUUUUCCUCCGCGACGCUGGAGUACAGAUGCGAGUGGGCGGGCUGUCAGGGAACGCAUGUGCAGAAGAUCUACCGAGUUGCGCAGUUGCCGCCGGUGCUCAUCCUCCACGUAAAGCGCUUCAUGACGCGCCUUCAGCUGCGCGCCUACAAGGAGGCCUUGCGCGACGCCUUGCUGCGCGACCACAGCGACCCCCGCCCGCAAGACGCGCGCGAGACGAAAGAGUCGCCGGCCGGGGGCGGCGGCAGAGGGCUGCGUGACGCGCAGGACGCGCUGCUACUCGAGAAGGCCAAACUCAAAGUGCGGGUGCCGCUCAAGCUCACGCUGCGUCACUUUCUCGCGCGAAAGAAAACCGCGCGGGCGACGACGCCUGGCGCCGAAGACGAGGAGGCGGCGCGACAGCCAGCAGAGGCGAGGGAGAACGCAGACGGAGCUCGGCGAGACCCGACCGGGCGCGGGGAGGAGGAGAGCGCGCCUGCGGCCGCGAGGCGGAAGUCUGAACAGGCGGAGGGCACCAGAGAGUCUGGGCGCGAAGCGAGAUCCAACGACGAUGCCCUGUACCGCCUCAAGGCCUUCGUCACGCAUCGCGGAGAUUCGCCCGACAGCGGGCAUUACGUCUGCUACUCCAAAGACUGGGCCGCGGGCGACAGCGGCUGCUGGACGUGCUGGAAUGACGCAGAGUCAAUUCAGCUUGGCGCGGACAUGCCCCCAGAAGUUCACACAGAAGGUUACCUCUUGCUGUAUGAAAGGGCGACCUCGUCUGUGUCACCGAGCGGAUACGUCGCGUGGAAGGAGCAGGUCGAGGCCCUGCGAAGUCGAGAGAGAAAGUGA